GAAAAAUAAUAGAACUUUGCUUUUGAAAAUGACCCUUGUUUCUUUGGUGAUUGAUUAUGCAGGUAACUGGAUUUAAGUGCGGAGGAAUUUCAUUGGGUCUGAGUUGGGCUCAUAUAUUGGGGGACCCACUUUCAGCUUCAGAAUUCAUAAACUCAUGGGGACGAGUAAUGAAUAACUUGGGCCUCAAAAUGCUUCCCAACGUUCCAAGAUCCGUCCCAGCACCCGGACAACCCGGACCCCAAAAGGAUCCAAUUUCGGCAAAACGGAUUGACCCGGUGGGUGAUCAUUGGAUCCCAGCCAACAACAAGAAAAUGGACACAUUCUCCUUCAACAUAACAAGCUCACAAUUGAACUACUUGCAAGCACAAAUCUGGGGUCCAAGUCAUCACCAAACCCCUGCUUUUGAAUCACUAUGUGCCAUGAUCUGGCGCUGUGUUGCCCGGGUUCGGACAAAAUCCGAACCCAAAACCGUAACUGUGUGCCGAAGCGACCCGUAUAGUAAGGAGAAUGAUAUUAUUGGUAACAACCAAGUGAUAAGCAAGAUUGAGGCUGGAAGUGAAUGUUGCAUUGGUGAGACGGAUUUGAGUGUUUUGGCAAGAAUGCUUGAGGAUCUGGGUGUCGAUGAGAGGAAGCAAAUUGAAGAAGCAAUUGAGAGAGACGAAGGUGUGAGUGAUUUCUUCGUGUACGGUGCCAAUUUGACAUUUGUGGACUUGGAAAAGAUCAAUUUGUAUGAUUUGCGAUUGAAUGGACAGACACCAACAUUUGUUUACUACAGCAUUCAAGGGGUUGGAGAUGAAGGAGCCAUUUUGGUGUAUCCGGGGCCACAAGGAUCUAUCAAAAAUGGCGGUGAUGGGAAGUUUGUGACCAUGAUUUUGCCAGAAGAUGAAAUGGCCAAGCUUAAAUCUGAACUCAAGAUGAAUGGGCUUCUGCUUGAGGAUAAUUAAGUUUUAAUGAUAUUAAGUAUUUGUUAGAGAAUAAAGUUCUUGCUUUUUGUUUAUUUGAUAGAGUAUGUUUGUGAGCAGGGAAGAUCUUUAGUUUCUGUUGUGUAUGGGCUCAUUGUUCUUCUUUCUUUGUUGUUAUGCUUCUUUUU